AUGGAUUUUCUCAAAGCAGAGAUAGCCCGUAAACGCAAAGCUUUAGAAGAAAAAGAACUCAUUACCAAGGAUAGGAAAUACUUUAAGCGCUCCGAUCUGUCGAAAUCCGAAGAGGAGGAAUAUCGUAUGAAAUGUAAAUAUCGAACAAAUAUUGUUUUGGAAGAAGAAGAUUCGAAUUCUACCAGUCUGCUUCAAUCUACUCCAGAAGAAAAUAUGCUGCUAAAGAAGAUUGAAAAGGAACGGGAAGAAAAAGCCAAAGGAAAGUUAAUGCCCAGAAGAGAAGUUAUCAAACUUCUACGGGAGCGAAAUCAGCCGAUAAGGUUGUUCGGCGAAUCCGACUACGAUACUUUUCAGCGUUUAAAAAGGAUUCAGCUCCUGGAACCUGAGUCCAAAGGUCUUCGGAAUGACCUUCUUGCUGCCAUGGAUAAAGUCGAUGAAGAUGAAGAUGAGGCUAUAUUUGGUGAUGUUAGAAACAAUCCCGCCUCAUCCUCUGAAGGUCACGCAAAUCUGGAGGUUGCAAUCAAGAAAGAUUUCAUUCCCCCUGAUGAAUUUGAGGUCAUUAAAGUCACCUUGUCUUCUUAUGUCAGAAUGCGAGAACCUAAUGCAACAGAUGAUGCUACUGCAGCGGCCUCUAGCUUUGCCAAAGAAUCAGAAGAUCAUCCCAUAGCGAAGGCAAAUGAUCAUGCCUUUAUGGAAGAGGUCUCCGAUCAUGUUCUCCGUUAUCUAAAGUAUCUUUUAUCAUACUGGGGUACGCAUUUAAAUCAACGUUCAAGGGAAGUGAAACUGUCUUAUUCUGGUAAAAUGGAUAGCGCUACUUAUAAUCAAACUUUGGAGUAUGUUAAGCCUCUAUUUAAACUUCUCAAAAAUAAGCGUUGCCAAGAUGAUAUUCUAGACUCCCUUGUCAAAGUUGUCGUUCUGCUAAUGGAUAGGAAUUACCUCAAAGCUAACGACGCUUACUUGGAUUUGGCUAUCGGGAAAGCGCCUUGGCCCUUAGGUGUUACUAACCACGGUAUCCAUCAACGUACAGCACAGGAUAAAAUUCACACCAAAAAUGUUGCCCAUGUUUUGAACGAUGAAACACAACGAAAGUUUAUUCAAGGUAUCAAGCGUCUUAUGACUCGUGCCCAAGAAUUUUUCCCAACUGACCCUUCUAGGUGUGUUAAUUAUAUGAAAGCACCAUCUGAAAGUAUCGCCUAA